ACGAGUCACAAAUGAAGAAGAGACCUAUCAGUCUCCUCUCUCCGCUCCUCAUGAAUUUUUGUAGCUGAACUCCGACGGGAAGACCAUCAAGAAGAUGAAGAAAAGGCCUUUCUCAGUCGUCUGUGAUGCUCAUCUCCGCCACAAAUCAGAGGCAGGAGGUACUGCUACUCUUUCAUUUCUUUCUCCGAGAAACUCCACCCUUAUUCAAAACCCACAAUCAGCUUCUAGUUCUGCUGCUUCUCAUGCCUAUAGUACUGGUAGUACAAUUAGUAAUCAUCACCUUAAAUCUGACAGUAUUGUUCAUUAUGGGUCUCGGGGAUUGAGGAGUAAUAUCGAUAGUAUCAGCAAUCUUGGUGAAGCUCUGGGCUUUUACAAGCAGAUGGUCCGGAUGAGACCUGUGCCUAGCGUUGUUCAUUUCACUCAAUUGCUGGGUCGUAUUGUUAAGAUGAAGCAAUAUUUGGUGGUUCUUUCUCUUUACAGAGAUAUGGCUGAGUUAGGAUGCAUUCCGCUUAAUGAAUACACGCUUAAUAUUGUGAUUAACUGUUACUGCUUCUUGGGUAAAGUGAAUUUUGGGUUUUCUAUAUUUGGUAGCUUCUUCAAGCGAGGUAUUUUGCCCGAUACGGCCACCUUUAAUACUCUGCUCAAAGGACUCUUUUGGGAACACAAAAUUCAUGAGGCACAAGGAUUGUUCAAGAAAAUAAUAUAUGAAAAGCUAUGCAUGCCUAAUGAAAUUAUGUAUGGGACCGUCAUAGACGGGCUUUCUAAGGCUGGGAACACUAGCAUGGCCAUUCAAGUCCUUAGAUUCAUGGAAAAAGGAGGAAGGUGCGGGCCUGAUACAGCUGCUUACAACACUAUUAUCGACGGGUUGUGCAAGGAUAAAAUGAUGGAUCAAGCUCUCUCCCUUCUGCAUGAGAUGAUUGAGAAAGGAAUUGCCCCGGAUGUCAUCACUUACAAUUGUUUGGUCCGGGGUCUGUGCAAUUUAAGUAAAUGGAAGGACGUUGAAAAGCUCUUGACUGAGAUGAAGGCUUAUAGUAUUGCUCCUGAUGUUAUUACUUUUAAUAUUCUUAUUGAUGCACUGUGUAAGGAAGGACAGUUAGAAGGUGCAGAGGAGGUACUGAAAUUCAUGAUUGAGCAAAAUCGGAAGCCUGAUAGUGUUACAUAUAAUGCAUUGAUGGAUGGGUACUGUUUACAGGGCCGAAUGGACGAAGCAAAGAUAGUUUUUGAUAAAAUGGCUGCUGACGGCCUUAGUCCUGAUGUUCAAAGCCAUAAUAUAUUGAUCCACGGCUAUAUGAAGAAAAUGAAAGUGGAAGCAGCCAUGAGUCUCUUCCGAGAGAUCCGACAUAAAGGGUUAACACCGAAUGUUGUUACCUAUACCACUGUCCUGCAGGGUUUAUUUAGUGCCGGGAGGUAUCUUACAGCAAUUGAAGUUUUCAACGAGAUGGAAGCUGCUGGCUUAAAACCUGAUUUUCACACUUACUGUGUGUUGUUGAAUGGUUUAUGCAAGAAUUCACAUGCUGAGGAAGCACUUCAAUUUUUGCACAAGAUGGAAGUUGAUGGAGUAGAUUGUCAGAUACCCAUGUACAACACCGUCCUUGAUGGAUUAUGCAAAUGUGGGAAGCUUGACAGUGCCCGACAUCUUUUCUAUAGUCUCUUCUCUAAAGGAUUGGAUCCUAAUGUUAUAACGUAUAGCACGAUGAUAAAUAGCCUCUUUUCAGAAGGAUUACUACAGGAAGCCAAAGAGUUUAUUAAGAAAAUGGAAGAAAAUGGUUGCACUCCUGAUCGAAUUACAUUUAAUAUUAUUGUUCAAGGACUUCUUAAGGCUGGCGAAUUUAAUGAUGCAGUGGUAUGUUUUGAUGAAAUGGAUAGGAAAGGAUUCUUGCUGCAUUUGUCUACUUUUUCAUUUUUACUAGAUUCAUACAGAGAUAGUGGAAACGAUCCCUCUCUUUUUAAGGUGAUAGAGAAGUUUGCACCAAAGAUGUGUAAUGGAAGUCUAAAUAUUGGAAAAGGGGGAUCUUAUACUUAAUUGGCUUCAUUUGGGGCCUCUGGAUAUUCCGCUGCUUUUUUUGGCUCCUAGCAUUUAAUCAUCCAAAGGUAUAUGAUGGAGAUUCGCAGUUGAUAUUGUUAGUAGCAUAUAUCCUUUUGGUCUCAAAAAGUUUAUCAACAGUCCUUGGAGGAGCAGUCUUUGAGCAUAUUCUAGAGAUUUGAAGAUUAAAUACUUGCAUGGUGGUAAGCGACAAUGUGUUAGAAGCUCUCUCAUGACUACAGACGCCUGCCUGUUUUCAAUGCAUUUCAUGUAUUGCUACGUGUGGAUGCAGAUGGAAGGGUGCAAUUUUUGUAACCUUAGUGAGUGGUGAAUUAAUUAAUUAAAGUUGGCGCUGAAGUAUGCUAUCAUCACAGAUCUGGAUUGGCCAUGAAAUUUGACCCCCAAAAAAAAAAAUGCAGAAGUGUGGUCUGAGCAUCUAAACUUUCAAAGCAUUCUUCUGUGCCUGUGUCUUUCUGCAACCACUCAUUUCUUGGUGUCUGUUUCUUUUAGGUUUUCUUCAUGUGUUCUGAGUGUAAGUUUGACAGCCUGAUGCUAGUCGAGUUCUGUUUACAUUUGGUAAGAAAUGGAAUGACUUUGUAGCCUAUGAAAAAAGAAGAUGGAACCUGAUGAAUGCUAUUUCAUUACAGGGAUACAUUAAUUCAAGAAUGGGACAAACAGAAAUGUCAGAACAGGCACGUCAUAGGAUGAAAGCACAUAGGAUUAGAGCAAAGCAAAAGCUAGUUGAACACACUUGAUAUUUAUGAAAUGCUACUGAAUCUGUGAUGUAGUAGCAUUUUUCUUUUCCUUCUCUUUGUACACCUAAUUUACACUAAAUUUAUUAUAUGA